UAGUUGGACCGAGCGAGUAAAUAUAAAAGUCAACGCCAGAGAAUAACCAGUCUCGAUUGUCCGCCAAAACAGAUUCCAUUGAGUGUGCAGGGCAAAACAGAGGUGACGAUUAUAUGAAUGAAUCACUGAAAUCUUUUGCAAACAUUUCAACAUGGCAAGAGCGCCUUCCGUCUGGUUUCAUUACGAGGACUAUUUCCCUGGGGACAUUAUCCAUCAGAGCAUCUUAGUCCCCAAAGACGGCGUCACAUUGGACACCUACUACUGCUGCAUGCAGUGGAACACCGGUGGCGAGGGGGGCGGGUACUGUGGGAUACAGGACCAUCCAAGAGGGAAGGCCUUCAUCUAUUCAGUCUGGGAUCCAAUCAAAUCAAACAUUCCCAUUAAACCAGCUUUCACCGGAAUGUGGACGGAGACAGCGAACUUCGGAAGCGAAGGCACCGGAUUCAAAAGCAUGAACUUUGCUAUUGGUUGGCAGCCGGACCGAUGGUAUACCCUUGUAAGUCGGAUGUGGAACUACGGUAGCCAUACUUAUUUUGGCUUCUGGGUCCACGACGAGACGGACAAACAGUGGACUCAUGUCAUCACCAUGGACUUUCCUGUGAAGUCCGUGCUGUUUAACACCAAUACGGGAAGCUUUGUGGAAGACUGGGCAGGAACAGGGGACAACCAGCGCAAAGCUCUCUACCGUAACGGGUUCAAGAGAAGAUCAGACGGCACAUGGUUCGCCUUUGACUCGGGAAAGUUUGACGUCGUCAGAGGGACAGGCACCCUGAACCACAACAACAACUUUGACGGUGGUAGCAACCAGGACCAUUACUAUUUGGUAAGUGGAGGCACCAUACAACCCUCUCCAGGGUUGGGCACCACCUCCAAGACGUUCGAUGUCACAACCCAAAAGGAGCCGACGGAAAACCCUAUUGACUUCACAAUAACCUUGGCAACACCGAAACUGGUAACGUGGACAGUACCUGCGUCUUCAACGCCACAGUUCAAAUACACCAUCUUUGUCGGUGAUCAUCUCGUGACCAUGGACAUCGCGACACAGGUCAGGUCUCACGUGGUGUCCGGGGCGCUCGUGGGGAACAUGGUCAAGGUCACCAUCGAGGACAUACUGGGUAGAGUCACGACCAAGACGGCCACAGUCACAGACGACCAGUAAAUGGUCGCAAUAUGUUACUGCAGUUUCUAAUCCUAAAGAUUAUAAUCCUAAAACUGUAUAGUGUAUUUCAUAUAGCUAUGAACAUUUAAUCAGGGAUCCGAUUUAGCAUUUUGCAUUUCUCCUAAUCAAAGUCUAGUAAAGACAGUACGUUAUUGGGAAUUUCUUCAGUUAAAGUCUAGUUUGGACAGUACGUUAUUGGGAAUUUCUGCAAAUCAAAGUCUAGUUUAGACAGUACGUCGUUGGGAAUUUCUCUUAAUCAAAGUCUAGUUUGUACAGUGCGUUAUUGGAAUUUCUCCUAAUCAAAGUCUAUUUAGGACAGUGCGUUAUUGGGAAUUUCUCGAAAUCAAGGUCUAGUUAGGACAGUACGUUAUUGGGCAUUUCUUCAAUCAAAGUCUAGUUUGGACGGUACGUUAUUGGGAAUUUCUUCAAUCAAAGACUAGUUUGGACAGUUCGUUAUUGGGAAUUUGUCCAAAUCAAAGUCUAGUUAGGGCAGUACGUUAUUGGGAAUUUCUCCUCAUCAAAGUCUAGUUAGGACAGAACGUUAUUGGGAAUUUCUUCAAUCAAAGUCUAGUUUGGACAGUUCGUUAUUGGGAAUUUCUUCAGUUAAAGUCUAGUUUGGACAGUACGUUAUUGGGAAUUUCUGCAAAUCAAAGUCUAGUUUAGACAGUACGUCGUUGGGAAUUUCUCCUAAUCAAAGUCUAGUUUGUACAGUGCGUUAUUGGAAUUUCUCCUAAUCAAAGUCUAUUUAGGACAGUGCGUUAUUCGGAAUUUCUCCAAAUCAAAGUCUAGUUAGGACAGUACGUUAUUGGGCAUUUCUUCAAUCAAAGUCUAGUUUGGACGGUACGUUAUUGGGAAUUUCUUCAAUCAAAGUCUAGUUUGGACAGUUCGUUAUUGGGAAUUUGUCCAAAUCAAAGUCUAGUUUGGACGGUACGUUAUUGGGAAUUUCUCCUAAUCAAAGUCUAGUUAGGACAGAACGUUAUUGGGAAUUUCUUCAAUCAAAGUCUAGUUUGGACAGUUCGUUAUUGGGAAUUUCUCCAAAUCAAAGUCUAGUUAGGACAGAACGUUAUUGGGAAUUUCUACAAUCAAAGUCUAGUUUGGACACUACGUUAUUGGGAAUUUCUCCAAAUCAAAGUCUAGUUUAGACAGUACGUUGUUGGGAGUUUCUCCUAAUCAAAGUCUAGUUAGGACAGUACGUUAUUGGGAAUUUCUUCAAUCAAAGUCUAGUUAGGACAGUACUUUAUUGGGAAUUUCUCCUAAUCAAAGUCUAGUUUGUACAGUACGUCAUUGGGAUUUCCUACUCAUCAAAGCAUAGUAGUUAUGUUUCAGUGGCUCGGAUCAACAAAGGAAUUUAAUCAAAGGAAACGAUCUUUUUAGAUGACAAAAUGUAUCAAUUUUAAAAUGUUUAGCUUUGUGUUUAGGCAUGUGAUAAACUCGAUCACAUCAAGCUGUAUUGAAUUCGCCACCAGCACAGUAUACAGUCCUGCAGUCCUGCAUUGACACGUAGCUUAUGACAAGUAUGUCCUUUUCAUACUGAUAUCAUAAAUAAUGAUAUCCAUUUUGUCAUAGCAUUCAAGUUGCGUUACCUUGAUGCAUGCAUAAUAACGAAAUAAUAGAAAUGGAUGACUGCACACCCAUAUUUGAUGGUGGCCGGACAUGAAACAAAGAAGACAUUGUUGCUAUUCGGUGGUGAUGUAUUUGAUACUAGUAUCAUAACUAUUUUCAACGAUAGACUUGCAGUUUUUCGGCGACUGGUUUCAGCAUAGUAACGUUUUCAUAACGUUUGUAGCUUUUUGGUCAGUUUCCAAGUGUGUACUAUCUUUUGCCUGACAGUUUCCAUGUAUGCAUUCACUUUAUAUGUAUGGCUCUGAAAUGUCAUGAAGCUUGCAAUAAAGGCCUACCAACUGA